AUGGAGCUGGCUGGCACCUCCGGGACGCCGGCUAUUUCCCUGGAGAGCUCCGUGCUUCCCCGGCUUUUCCCGGCGCUGGAGUCGUGCGGGAUGCGCCACAGCUGCCCCGCAUUGAGCGGCUUUGUAUCGCACCUCUGUCGCGACAGACACCCUUCACAUCGCACCCCUGUAUCGCGACAGACACCCUGCAGCGUGCUUAUCCUGCCCAGGGUGCCGGCAGGUGCCUGCGAGCGUCCCGGCUCCAAGGGAAUGAGUGGGAAGGAGCUGGGGCCGCAGUUGCAGCGGGAGGAGAGGGGAUUUGGGAUAAUUCACUUUGAUCCUGUUCCCCCAGGUGUCGGGCGCUUGCACAAACAGAGCGGCGCAGGUGACAAAGGGGCCAUCAGGAUGUGCCGCUUCCCUGCCCACCCCAGCAGCGUUUUUAUGGAUGUUGGCUCUGCUGCCAUGUGGAGCUGCCCGGGGCCGCUCCCGCUGUUCCUGGCGCUCGCCCUCGUCCCCGCUCGCCCUGCCCUGAAGGUGACCCCAGCUGUGCUCUACACCAAACCCAAACCUCCCCAGGCAGCAGCUGCUCCCCAGGCUGUCCCAGGGAAAGCCCCACUGCCAGCAGCUGCCUUCCCCACGCUCUUCCCCUCGGAGAACUCCACGCUGGACUCGGCCGAGCUCUUCUUCAACUGCUGCGACUGCUGCCCGCCCGCGGCGGGACCCCGGGGCUGGCCGGGGCCGCAGGGACCCCCAGGUCCCAAGGGGGAGAAGGGAGAUGCUGGGCUGCCAGGAACUCCUGGCCCUCAAGGUCCAAAAGGCUCUAAAGGAGAAAGAGGAGGAAAAGGGGAGCAAGGGGAGCGAGGAGCGAGUGGAAGCCCUGGUUACCCAGGGAAACCUGGGCUGCAAGGUGAAGCUGGAGCCAAAGGCAACAAGGGCAGCUACGGCUUCCCCGGCCUGAAGGGACAAAAGGGAGCGAAAGGGGACACCUGUGACAAUGGCACCAAAGGAGACAAAGGGGACAGAGGGGAGCCUGGAGAGCCGGGAGCGGGUGGCGAACAGGGGGACAAGGGGGAAAAGGGGGACACGGGGGACAAAGGAUACUGCGGGGAGCCGGGGGGCAGAGGGGCCAAGGGGGACAGAGGGGAAGGGGGCAGCAAGGGGGAAAAAGGCAGCAAAGGCGACACGGGCAGCGAGGGCAGCCGGGGGGCGGCCGGCACGCAGGGCCAGAAGGGCCAGCAGGGCCAGAAGGGCGACAAGGGCGAGCUGGGCACGGCGGGGCCCAAGGGCGAGCCGGGGCCCAAGGGCGGCCGCGGCGCCCCGGGCAGGAAGGGAAGCCGCGGGGCCAAGGGCGCCUGCGGGGACGGCCCCAGGGCGCCGCGCUCGGCCUUCAGCGCCGGCCUGGCGCGGCCUUUCCCGCCGCCCAACGCGCCCAUCCGCUUCGAGCGCGUGUGGUUCGACGAGCGCCGCGACUACGACCCCAGCACCGGCAAGUUCAACUGCAGCGUGGCCGGCGCCUACGUCUUCUCCUACCACGUCACCGUGCGCGGCCGGCCCGCGCGCCUCAGCCUGGUGGCCGGCGGCAGGAGGGUGGCCAAGGCCAGGGACACCCUGUACGGGCAGGACAUCGACCAGGCCUCCUUCCUCACCAUCCUCAAGCUCAGGGUGGGCGACCAAGUGUGGCUGGAGGUCGCCAAGGACUGGAACGGCCUCUACGCCGGCGCCGAGGACGACAGCGUCUUCACGGGCUUCCUGCUCUACCCUGACGGCUUUGAGGUGCUCCUCUGA